AUGGACCUAGUAAAUCUGACUACAGUCAGAAUGAAUACAAUGAAGACUACACGCAGAAUGACGGUGAGAAAACUUAUGAAGAGAAUGGCUACGUCAAGGACAAUGAAAACUAUGAUAAUGGUAAAGUGUACAACAACUAUGCUUAUGGUGCUAUCUCUGACAAAUACGAGAACACUAAGAACGAUGACACAGGAAAUGCCAAAUAUGAAUACGCCAAGAACUAUGAAAAAGCAUACCAAAAUUAUGGUUACGGUAACAGCUACGAAACGUAUGAUAUCAGUAAAGGGUACGACAAAUACAGUUACGGUGAUAGCUCUGUUAAGUAUCCUUACACCAAAGGUUAUGACAAGUACGGUUAUAGUAGUGACUACAGCAAAUACUAUGGUUACAAAGACUAUAACACAUACAGUUAUGAAAAAUACAAUGGCAAAUAUGGCUAUGGCAACAAUGGUCACGAAAAAAAACGGUUACGGUGAAUAUGAUAAUGGCAAAGAACAUGACCGAAACGGUAAUGGAGGAUUCCAUGGGAAGAAUGGUUACGACAAAUACGGUUACGGUGAGUACGAUAAUGGCAAAGACUAUGAGAAAUACAGUUAUGAAAAAUACAGUGGCAAAUACGGUUACGGUAAAUACGGUUACGGUGAAUAUGAUAAUGGCAAGGAACAUGAUCGAAACGGUAAUGGAGGAUUCCAUGGGAAGAAUGGCUACUACAAAUACGGUUACGGUGAGUACGAUAAUGGCAAGGAACAUGAUCGAAACGGUAAUGGAGGAUUACAUGGGAAGAAUGGCUACUACAAAUACGGUUACGGUGAGUACGAUAAUGGCAAGGAACAUGAUCGAAACGGUAAUGGAGGAUUACAUGGGAAGAAUGGCUACUACAAAUACGGUUACGGUGAGUACGAUAAUGGCAAGGAACAUGAUCGAAACGGUAAUGGAGGAUUCCAUGGGAAGAAUGGUUACGACAAAUACGGUUACGGUGAGUACGAUAAUGGCAAAGACAUGAGAAAUACAGUUAUGAAAAAUACAGUGGCAAAUACGGUUACGGUAAAUACGGUUACGGUGAAUAUGAUAAUGGCAAGGAACAUGAUCGAAACGGUAAUGGAGGAUUCCAUGGGAAGAAUGGCUACUACAAAUACGGUUACGGUGAGUACGAUAAUGGCAAGGAACAUGAUCGAAACGGUAAUGGAGGAUUCCAUGGGAAGAAUGGCUACUACAAAUACGGUUACGGUGAGUACGAUAAUGGCAAGGAACAUGAUCGAAACGGUAAUGGAGGAUUACAUGGGAAGAAUGGCUACUACAAAUACGGUUACGGUGA